AUGGGAAAGGCAUUUCGUUGCAAUUAUUGAGACCUUAUUACUUCAAUGACAGAUGAAUCGGUCUAUUCUUCGUGUUAUUGCUGAGAUACCACUUGUUAGCGGCAAAAGAUUUGCUGGGGGUUGGUAUCGCUCUAGGUACGUUCCAGUUGAAAAUCGCAAUUUUGAAGGCGCGGUUUGCCGGCAGUAAGUAACGAAUGGGGACCUCUCACUGAUCUGCCUGACUAUUCCUUCCCAGGUAUGCCUAUUUGCUUUAUAACACUCGUGCAGACGGACGAAUUCCGAAAGUCACGACAGUUGGCCAGAUGGGGCGUGCCUCCCAGCAGUAUGAGGACACGGUAUGUUGAGUGUUUUUAAGCUAUUUGGGGCCCGCGGGCCGGGUUUUUAUUUCGAUUUACCAUUUUUUUCUUUUUGAAGGCAUCAUAGCAUUGAAUACCUUCCACUAUAUACUGCUGUUGCAGGGCUUCGCUCCCGAGCGAAUUUUCUGUGGCAAUUCUUCCAGCGCAGCCCCCCAGUUCGCACAUAACAUAAUAAGCCUAAAGUGGUCCAAAGUCUGAAUGUAUGAAUGAAGGGAUGCCAUGGCGGUCUAUAGAGCGCUGUUCGUCCACUAGCCCUAGCGGCUCCUUUCGCGCGGUAGUAUGAGGAUUUAUCAACCUCCUGCUGUUAUGUUUUUAUUCGGUACAGUAGACACCACCAUCAGUGCAUAUUUCCUUCAGCAAGAAGGCAUUAUUCGAAUUCUUCCGUGACACCUAUGUAAACAUCGAAGGAUAGUUCGGUGAACGUACGUUUCCGACUAUUCAUCCACGGGCCUAUGCAGCAAUACAAGUUAGGGCAAAGCAGUGGAAGUUAGAACAGCCAGUGAAUAGUGGUUAUAUGGGGGAGAGUUCAGGACGUUCAUACAUGUCUAUUCUGCCAGGGGCUUUGGGAGGGAGGACUCUUACAGUGAACUACGCUUAAGUUUCAUCGCUGUAGCGCGGCGUGGUAGGAUGCGGGAACAAGCAUGCUGAGCCCGUGUUGGCCCACGGUAGUUUGAGGGCUUGUAUGAAGGCUUUCUGCGCGCAUAAGGCUGGGCUGGCUAGCCGUAUGACCACCGUUGUCAAACUGCCGUGGGCCAAGAUGAACCCAGAAUGUUCGUUCUUGCAUACUACCACGCCGCACGACAGCGACGAAGCCUAAGCGUAGUUCACCGCUAGACUCCUUCCCCCUCCCCAAACCCCUGACAGAACCGACAUGUCUGACGUCCUCGUUUUAUUACUGUUCACUGCUCUACCCCAAGUUAUAUCACUGUGCAGGCCUGAGGAUUUACAAUUGAAAACGUACGUUCGUCCAGCUUGACUUCAACAAACGAUUACUUGUUUAGAUCUGUCUCUUAUGCAUCUGGAAACUAGCCCCUCUUUAGUAUUUUUCCGUUUUCUUACUGGUAUUACGUUUAAAGCCUUUCGAUCUUUUAGGAUAAUUGCGUUCAUAAAACGUUUUAGUGUCUUUUGUAUACUUCUUUGCCGUUUUUUAAAUCGGAAAUCGGGACCUCAUUUGUCAUGCCCGGUCUCGACUACUUUAUUCCACGUUAUUUUAUUUUUUGACGAAGUUAUAAAGAAUCAGAGUCAAACGCGUUUUUAAAGAAAACGGCACAUGACGAAGGUCGUUAGCUGCUCACUAGAAGGCUCCCUAACUGAAUUUGAAGUCUGGCCGUUUUUAUGCUAUGUGGUUUUGAUAAAUGUUCCCAACUGUGCGUCCGGACACAUACAUACCCAAAUUCCCUCAGAUAUUUUAGUACGAAGGAACGAUCUGAUUAUGGAUAAAUGCCUUUACUUUAUAACUUAGGCUUUCGGUUUCACGGAAACGCGUCGAAUGUUAGGAGGAAUAGAUAGUCACCCAAAAUGUUUGCGAAAAUAUUCAGUCUCACAGGGAAUUACGACAUUUAAAAUUGCAGGGUUAUUUUCAGUGCGUAUUGAUAUUGUAAACCAAUGCAAGUUUUCUCCCCCGAGUACUCGUUUCAUGGUCCCACCCAACCUUUCUGGUUACUGGCGUUUCCAGUCCCAUUUAGAACAGCACAUGUUAACUUGCUUGAGGAAAAGUUCUGCAGUUGUGUCGUAAAACAAAUUCACGAUUUUACUAUUUUCUGGAAUUCCUUUUUCGAUUUAUAGUGAAUACGCUGUCGUUGUCGACCGAAUUUGUAUUUUGUCGCCCACCGUUAGUUGGCCGGCUAGUGCAUGCGCUCCCAAAGGCGGAGGCUCUUGACACGUGUUUCCUGGUUUUAGAAUUCAGUGUGUCGCAAUUUUAAUUUACAGGCCAAAGUCGUGCGACCUUAAUUUACCGUAGCCAUUUUUGGACCUUCAUAUGACAACACUAUAAUUGUGUCAAUACGCGUUUUUAUCUCCCAUAAACUCUGCCCAAAGCCACUUCGUCGCACUCGCCUCCUUCCCAAUUCUCGGCCUCAGUCCCCUUUGGGCGUUCUUAGAGUUUCCACCGUCUGCUCUAUCCGAAAAUUCAGUUAAAUUUACGUCCAUAAAUUCGUUGCAAUUGAAGAUAAAUAAAUUUUCUGUGCUCUGAAAGAAACUAUCUUGGUGGUCUUGACGUCGCCGACAGCUUUCCAUCAUUUGUUGAGUCUAGAAUGACGACCGGCCUUUCACUUUUGUUGGGAACGACAAGUUUGUGAGGAGUAGGAGCAGUUAUUACGCUCAUCUGUCCGGAAUUCUCAUGCAGUUAACUGCUGGGCAGGUGCGCCUGUCAGUUGGUAUUAAAUCCUGAAAGUUGAGAUGAACUUUCAACGUUGCCUAGGCUAUAAAUUACCAGGAGUCAGACACAGUCCACUUAUUGGGCCAGUGUCAAAAAAGUAUCAUCUAAAAGACUACACUCACAAGCCUUGAUGCGGUGGCAGAGUUAGUCGCCCCCGUUGGGAGAUUGCUAGUGUCAUGCUUCUCGAAAAAGCACUGGAUUUCGCUGUUGAUUAUUAAUAAAGAAUAGAUCGCGUUCGAAAGUAGAUUUAUGCCUUUCAUUUGCCCACCUAGACUUUAGAAUUUGCUAACACAGAAUAGGAAGCCCGUCAAUAUCAAUCAAGUAGCGCGCUAAACGCGGUGCAUCUAAGAUCUAGCUUUGAGUUGCCAAGUAACACGCUCCUAAAUAGCCGGUCAACAUUAAUACUGCUCUAAGUUAGCCGCAGAAUCUACCUCGGCCACUGUCAUCGGCGACACAGGAAAGCGGAUAGCCCAUAUCUAUUCAAUAACCGUUUUUUUAAAUUUACUUAUCUCGAGAUCUCUGGUUACCCUCAAGAAGCUGCGUCAGCCAUUACCGCGGGUAACACUCGUCACUUUGCUGUCGAAUGCCAAAAUUGAGCCUUUGUCCAGCGUUUCCUUAUAGUUAAGCACCCGUGAGUAAGAACAUCUAACGGAGUUUUCUAAAGAUUUCCUAGUACCGGUUUCGAAUGAUUUGGGGAUACAUUUCAAAAGGAGCCCAGUUUGGGAUCAAACCAGUGCUCCUCUGUUACAUCUCUUCGAUAAUAAGCAAAAUCCUUGAGAUAUUUAAAAUAAUCAUACUUUCUGAAAAUGACACUGUGCUAUAUGUCCUGCCGUCAGCUGCGUUGAGCCUCUCAACAACGCACCUAUUUCUACGGCAUUUGAGUCCACUAGCAAAAACUAGAGGUCGAUGACAUCCCCAACUCUGGGACAUAAUCAAAGACUGCAGUCGCCUCACGCGCGAAAAGGUUCGGAUACGUGAUCCGAAAUGCAUAUACUUUGCCACAGGUGCUACAUUCGAUAAGGAUCUCCUCCUCCUCCUCCUCCUCCUCCUCCUCCUCCUCCUCCUCCUCAUGAUGCCUCUCUGGCCUAACAUGUCUAUGUUUUUGUCGUAAAGUGUGCCGGUGCCGCCAUCGCGCAUUUCAUGGACAGUUCGAAAACAGAAGGAUUCACACUCGAGGCUUUGUUUGCGGACGUAUGCUGAUUCAGCUGGGUCUGGGACCUCUCCCCGACUACCCGCGAAGAAAGAAGUUGCGACUCUGAUAUGCUUAAUGGCAUCCGCCCUUGCCUGACGGCCUGCCACGCAGGAGUACUACUACCACAAAUUAUGACGAGGGAGUGAGGAUUGGAAGGUCGCCAAGGGUCAGGGCCGUUCUUUCCUGUUUGAUUCGGCUGUACGGCCCAGCCUCGGAUAAGGAUCAGGACCCUCAACCACUCGAAUCCUCAGGCAGUUAAUACGCUCGUCCCGGAGAUCCCCCCCUCUUCUGAUUUAAGCGGGUCGUAUCCACCAUUGCACCUCCCGACUAUCAUGUUUUUCUGCUGACACUGCAGUCGAAAACGCCCAAAGCGCAUCACCUUAGAGCCUUAUUGCAUUUUCUGGGAGAAAUUAACGGGAUACCCUAGCAGUACUUUACGCAAUUAAAACAGCAGAUCCUGGCUGAAACGUAAGGCAGUUCGUAUUUUCACCUACAUAAAAAUAUCUUCUGCGUGAGGUUUUGCGGUAGUAAUCGAUUAAUUGUGUUGUGUUGUACGUCCAUGGCAUUUGGGUAAGACUGACGUGAGCAAGGUGCGGACCAUCAGUGAGUAGCCUUUCGUUUAACUUUAGAGGGUCACCUUGUAUGUGAUACAUUUUACCUCACCUCUAGUUUUACGUGAACUCCGAAACUUUUUCAUUCGGUGAUCCCUCCUCGAUCGCGGCUGUUGCGUUCCAGAACUUCCUGCGAAAAGUGAAAAUCCGCAAAGCAAAGACCAUAUGUUCUUAUGGAUAUUAUAUAUAUAUAUAUAUAUAUUUCAAGCUCUGGUGAACCGUUCCCCUUCUUGACAAACAUUUGCUACACAGUCAUGCCGCAUAAACCCUUAAUAUUCUUUUAGUUAAAAGGUAUUCCUUGCUGGAAUCAUGUAUGUAAAUACAGUGUUUAUAUACUAUGCGCAUAUGCGUAUUGUAUGUCGUUAGCAUCUUCCGUUGAUGUUGCGGCAUGGCCUCCGUAGCAUUAGGAGCAGAUAUUUCCGGAGGAAUAACGAGGGGGUUAACCAAGCAGAAAAAGCACAAAAAACAACGCUUUACCCAGCGAAGCACGUUGGUGUUGGAUGAGCGGGACAGGAUGCUGGCUAACGCAAAGCGAGACCUAAUGCGAUUCCCCUUCGCUGAUCCAAUCAGCGCCCAGGAUACUUAACGACAUGUUCUGAUGGACUAGCUUCUCAGCCAGCGGUCAAUAGAGUCCCUUAUAUGAAAUCAACUUGGCAAACCAACUGAAGAAGCAUGUACCAGAAAUAAAAAGGUCCAUCGUCCGCAGAAAUCCCCAAUAUAUACCUGAACAUGCUUACACAUAAUAGCCACGAAAGUUGGGGCGCGAUAUAGCGGUGGAUUACUGUAGAUAGUCAUGUUCUAUAAAACUCCUGUUUGCAAAAGUCGUUUCAUAUUUACUUAGUGUGCUGUUUUUUCCACUGCUGUUUAUUGCUACCGAUGCCCACCAUAUCUUGGAACAGUUGCAGCUUUCGCGAUAGAUCUGCGAAAAUGCCCAGUGAAAAACUCAGGAGACCAGUUGGCGAACAUACGCGUUCUUUCGAUAAAAUAUUCAUCGGGCGGCUGCAUCUAUAUGGAAGCGGGGUACAAGUAAAAUACGGGUGAUAAGUCGAUUGCAGUUCGUCUUUUCAUAUAAUUAGGGUGUAGGAAUUUGGGGAGAGGUACUUCCUCACUGUGUAGUCCGAAAUUGCGCCCAUUUUAGCAGAAGACGAUUUUGACCCACUGCAUCCUUCCAUAGACGCCGUUUAAAAAGCUGACUCAUUUUUUGCCCUAAAUGACUCAGUCGUAGUCAGUGUUUGGCUUGAGACUUUUGAUCCAUCCUUAAAUGAGGGUUAGGACGUCUAGCGCCACAAUCAGUCAACAGCUCUCCAGUGGGCACUAUUCUAGAAAACUGUGCUUUCCAAAUCUGUUGCGUAUCUUUUUCCGUUUGGGAUUCUUUUGUGGCGCACAUAUGCAAUCAUUUUAUCUGGUCUGUUUUUGAUACUAGUAUGACUACAGAGCUUUCGUAUAACUCGUCUCAUAGAGACCUCACGCACUCGAAAUCAAAAUGAUGCCUGGUCUUAUACACAGGCAUGGUCUUCGGUGAUCAGCAGACAUUCGAUUCUUUUUUUUCGUGUUCACGUUGCUUAUUUUACUUUCAGUAAUUGUGCGGCGAACCUCCAUCAUUCAAAGCAGAAAAUUUAUUAGUCCUGCUCUGUUUGAUCCGAUUUCUCGCUUUCACUAUUCUGAUGGCGACUCCGUUGAAAACAUUCAAGACUGCCUAGCUUCCACUGUAUGCCUCGUUCGUUGUUAGGAUUUAGAGCUGUCCCGAACCAAGGUUCCAGCCAGCUGCUUCCACACCGAGGUGUUCGUGUGGUUGUCAGCGGCAACCACGUUGGACUGACUGCCUCCGCGAGUGAGGGUCUACUCCAGUAAAUCCACUGAAUUCAAUCCAUUCACGCUCCCAUGGGGUGGAGACGGAGUAUCGUAUGCUCAAGAGCCAUGCUGAUGUUUAGAGGAGGAGUGUGCAACUUAUGGGGUCAGCAAGAAAGGGUGUGUCCAGACUACCUCGAUCCUCUUUUAUGUCUGACAAGUCUUUCUGGCGCUGUCCCAACUAGUUCGGUCUGUAUCAUACGAUGAGUUUGGUAUAACUAACUCGGGCAGUGGUCGAAAUCCAUUGGCAUUUGCUCGUUUUAUGUCCACGCAGACCAACACUAGGUGCUGUGAUUGGUCUGGACGUCUUUUAAGGCUUACAAAAACCAUAUGAAGUAAGCUGGCCAGGGUGUGCUAUCGCUAUUCUCCGAUAAGUGACGACUUGCACCGAGUUAAUAGCACUUAUCUACACGCUAAGACAUCUGGGAGGUCUGAUGGAAGACCUUAGUCGCACAUUCCGGAUCUCCUUGGCCCGAUCAGUUGGCAUCCUAACUUCUUGUGCACUGCAAACGACAAGGACUACCGCUGUCUCGUGGUGACUUGGUGCUAGUUUAUUCUCAGCGGAGCAGACUUGCUUCUUCUUUCACACACCUACCGUCCAUCCACCUGUUCCAAACACAACCAGGUUCCCACGUCAAGCAUCGCGCUGUCAGUACAAAAACCGUUCGACCUCUCAAGAAAAGUAAAACAAACCCAGACAGUUUACCAGUAUUUUUGUACCGACAGCUCGCGGCGCGUUGUUAAUGGUGUUUGUCACGCAGACUUCCUUCAGACGUAGAGCAGGUAGUGACUGCCCCAAGACCGACUUUUCCUGAAUUUCGAAAGUAUCGCAUCUGUACAACGUUCCCCUGGUAAAACCGGUCUUUCGGAUACUUUCCUCUAACAAAUGGAAAGACUCACUACAAAGUUGUAGUGAAUUUUCGACCUAUCUUAUCACCGGCUAGAUAUGCACAUCUUCUUAUCUUCAAAAAAUUCCAUAGAACGUAAGGAAGAUCAUCAAACCUCAGUUCGGUGUAUUUUCGUCCCAAAACCCUCAUUUACGGCUUACUUUGGUUGAAACUGUUUCCCAUCGUGAACAAUAGACGUCUAAUGGAGCGUGUGUAGGUCAUUCGCUGAACUACUCACAGUACGGGCCAUCUCUGUAGCAGCGCACUCUGAAUCUCUGUCUAAAGCCUUUCAGGAAGUCGCAUAGAAACCAGUAAUUAACGUUCUCGGUCGUAAUUGAGGAGACUGCAGACCCCAAGGGUCAAACUUUCUCAUUCGAGUCAACCUGGAAUUGGAGCACAACUGGUUGAUGACGGUUGACAAUUCAGAAAUAGCCUUCCCAUUCUCCCGCAUCACUGUCUGUGUUUAUUCCUCGCCUAACGUACUUUUUUUCCAUCAUGAAUUUUCAGAAACGCAUUAUGCAACUGUCAUCAGAGAUUUGCCUUUCUCAUGAAGAACUUAGACGCCAAAAGGAACUCGCCGAACGUAAGCAAAGGGAAUUCCGGAGAAGCCUCUUGACGGCCAAAGGAACGAGGAAACUUUAA